UCUGAGGGGAAGAUGGCGGACUCAGUAGCGGCUGGGCUUGGAGACGAAAACGAUACAGAAAACGAGGAUAAGGAGAGAGAGAAACAUCUCAUCGGCGGCGUCAACAAGACGAAGAAACACAUCGGCGCUUCAGACGUUACGGAAACGCUGGGAUUUUACGAGAGAAAUGCGAAGAGUAAAGAAAGAAAGAGCAAUGUGUCAGAUCUCUCGCUAGUGAGGUUUAUUAGUGCUGAGCUGACAAGAGGAUAUUUUUUGGAACACAAUGAGGCCAAAUACACGGAGCGGAGAGAGAGGGUCUAUACCUGCCUGCGUAUUCCCAAAGAACUGGAGAAGCUGAUGAUCUUUGGGUUUUUCCUGUGUCUGGAUGUGUUUCUGUAUGUGUUCACACUGCUGCCUCUCAGAGUAUUGUUAGCUCUGAUCAGACUGCUGACGCUGCCCUGUUGCGGUCUCAGUGGAUCUCGUAUCUUGCAGCCUGCUCAGGUAUGUGAUGUUCUCAAGGGUUUCAUCAUGAUUCUGUGUUACUUCAUGAUGCAUUACGUGGAUUAUGCCAUGAUGUACCACCUGAUCCGGGGUCAGUCUGUCAUCAAACUCUACAUCAUCUAUAACAUGUUGGAGGUGGCGGAUCGGUUGUUCUCUUCUUUUGGUCAGGAUAUUCUGGAUGCUUUGUACUGGACUGCCACCGAACCUAAAGAGAGAAAAAGAGCACAUAUAGGAGUGAUCCCACAUUUCUUUAUGGCUGUUCUCUAUGUCUUUCUGCACGCCAUUUUAAUCAUGGUCCAGGCUACCACAUUAAACGUGGCUUUCAACUCGCACAACAAGUCACUGCUAACUAUCAUGAUGUCUAAUAAUUUUGUUGAGAUCAAAGGAAGCGUAUUCAAAAAAUUUGAGAAAAACAACCUCUUUCAGAUGUCCAAUAGUGACAUUAAAGAAAGAUUUACAAACUACACCCUCCUACUGAUUGUCUGUCUCAGAAACAUGGAGCAGUUCUCCUGGAAUCCAGAUCAUCUGUGGGUGUUGUUUCCGGACGUGUGCAUGGUCAUUGCCUCAGAGAUCGCGGUGGAUGUUGUCAAACAUGCCUUCAUCACCAAGUUUAAUGACAUCACAGCAGAUGUCUACAGUGAAUACAGAGCAAGUCUAGCCUUUGAUUUGGUCAGCAGUAGACAGAAAAAUGCAUACACAGACUACAGUGACAGUGUGUCAAGGAGAAUGGGCUUUAUUCCUCUUCCUCUUGCUCUCCUGUUGAUUCGGGUGGUGACCAGUUCUGUGAAGAUCCAAGGCUCUCUGUCCAUUGUGUGCGUGGUGCUGUUUUAUCUGGGUAUGAUCACCCUAAAGGUGCUGAACAGUAUUGUGUUGCUGGGAAAAUCCUGUAUGUAUGUGAAGGAGGCAAACAUGGAGGAGAAGUUAUUUCAAAAUCCCCCCUCCGCUACACCCAGCAGAGUUUCCAGCAGAGCACAUCGAACCAAACACACACAAGAACCACCAGGUGAGCCAGUGGAUGAGGGCGUGGCUUCAUCAGUAACCACUCAGCCCACCCACAAGAUUGAAAGGCCCGCCCCUCAAAUCCCCACCAGCGAAUCAGAUCUGUUCCUCACUACACCAGAUGAAUCAGAGGAAAAAAGCCUCAAUCAGGACGAAUCUGAACUUAAACACAGAGCUCCCAAAAAAGACUUGUUGGAGAUCGAUCGCUUCACUAUCUGUGGUAACCGUAUCGACUGACAUGAACACAAACCCUCAAGUUUGAGAGUGAUUCCAGGUAUGCACUGAAAUGCCCGCCCUCUCUGCCAGUUGGUUUUUUCUUUGAACCUAAGCUUUUCAGAAUUGGGCAGCGAGAAACUACGGGAUAUUUAUUAAGUGAUGCAUCUAAUUUAUUUAAGACUUCGAAUCAAACACCUCAUACACAAAGAAUCACAGCAACACCAAGUUUUCAUGCUUUGAAGAUGUUUGACAUCACCAGCUUGGGUCACCUAUGGACGGGGAGGAGAUCUUGGUCCAGUGGCCAUCAUGCAUUCCUGUCAUAAGUGUCUCGAAUGAAGAAAAUGAGAGCAAUGGAUAGAUUGUAUUAUAACAUUAUAUUCAUGCCAUAUGUACAGUAAAGCUACUAGUCUGAAUAUUCCAUUCAUAAGUGAAAACACAGAUUACUUUUUGGAGGAUUCAGAUAUGUGUGACAAAUUUAUCUGCAGGUCAGAGACGAAGGUCAAAGCUGGAGUGGAAAAGACUUUUUUUAUAUGAUACUUAUUCCCAUUAGAAAUGUCUUUAUGAUUCCAGAUGUUGUGCCCAUUAAUUAUCCCUUUUUUUUUCUUUUUUAAUUUAUUUAAGACCAAUGGGUCUCAUUCACUAAGCAUGGGUACGCACAAAUUUAUUCGUAAAAUGUGCGUACGGACGUUUGAACUUACAAAUCAUGAUUCAACAAAAACUUUUGUACUAAAAUUUAUUUUAAAUGUAUGGAAAAAUAUAAGAACAACUUAGACCACACGUACGCAAUAAUCAUAAACAACGAAAAAAUAUCAAAUAUAUAACACAGAUAUAAAUUAUAGGGUUCUUUUUCCCUGUUUAUGAUUAUUGCGCAUAUAUGCUCUAAGUUGUUCUUACGUUUUUUGCAUACAUUUAAACAAAAUUUUAGUAUGAGUUUUUGUUAAAUCAUGAUUUUUAAGUUUAACGCACAUUUUACAAACAAAUUUGUGCGUGAGCAUGCUUAGUGAAUGAGACCCAAUGUUUGAAGGCAGGGUUUCAGAAUGUUAGAAUUUUCUAUUAUUAUUUUGUGUAAUGCUUUAAAGUGUGACAUGCCCAUCUAUUUACACCUUAAGAUUCCAAAUAUGGUUUAUGAGCACAUAUUAGGUUUAUCUGCCUAUGAAGGAUGCAUGUAUCAUUGCAAGAUAGUUGCAUGGAAACAAAACUGAAUAAGGUCCAGAAUCAUAACAUGUUAGUUCCCCAGUUUUCCAGCUAAAAACAUAGUUGCUUAAUUAUUUUUCCAUUUAGAGAUCUCUAUUGAUGUAUGUCAGUUGUUUAACAUAAAUCAGUCCCAUAUCCAGAAAAUCCAAAUUAUUGCAUUUGCCCCAACCUGCCGUGAGCCACACAAACUUUUUACCCAAGGUUCUUCUUGUGUUUUUACAUGGAUGCAAGACCGUAACCACAUCUUGAACAUUGGGGGAACCAAAACAUUCAAGGCUAUAUGUAUGUAUAUUAAAAAUAUCAAAGUUUCAGAUUAUUUGGGGUGGCAAUGUCCCCCUCAAUGUUUAUUGUGGUUGCGGCCCUGCACCGAUGUACCAAGUCUAGCAUAUCUAAUGAAAAAUAAUACCUUGGUGCUGGUGUUGAGAGCAAAUGCUUAACACUCUAUUAACAACAUUCCAGCAUGUCAAAAUCUUGACCAAAGCUAAACUGAAAAUAUAGAAACUUUUCUCAAUAUCUUUUGUGUCAGAUGACCCAUUAACCCCAAGAAAACAAAGGUUUUUGAGUGUCUGAAGUCAAUUUUCAUAGAUUGGAUUGGAAUAUCGUGUUUUAUACAUUGAUCAUUUUACACAAUGUUAUAAAUGAACAGACCACACUGUUAUAAAAUUCAUUUUCUUUUGAUGUUAUAUGGGCAUAUCAUGUAUUAGUGCUGGGUUUCAGAAUUUUAUGUUUAUUCACCAAUUUUUUACAAUUUAUUUCAGUGUGUUUUUUACCAUAACAAAUUGAAUGUUUUCAUUAACUGGAUUCUGUUAUUACAAAGCAUUUUCAACAGAAAACUGUGGCAAUCAAUUAGGUUAUCAUAAAUAGUUUUUAAGGGUGUUUUUUCUGUGAUUAGUUUGAACUAGUUAUAGAUCAGCACUAAAAAUUUAUUUUUGUUCAAAACAUUCAUAAUGUACAAACCAGUUCAUACUCAAAUCUGUAUAUUUUGGUAUAGUGACAUCAAUGCAUAUUAUUUUCAACUUGUGGGAUUGUAUUGUUUUCUUCUCCCCCAUGACUGUUGUCGUAUAGUCUGUUAUCACUGUGUUCAUUACUUCUGAGCAUCAAAGGUUUUUACAAAUUAAUGUUUUCUGUAGAAACUGAGAAGGAAUGACGAUGUUAUAUCCCUUAUAUGGGAUGUUUCAGAGACAGAUCUGUGGAGAGGAAUCGGGCAUUGUGUAAAUAAAUUUUUUGUUGUUUUGUACAA